UUAUUAUAAUAAAUACAGUUUACCUGAUAAUUUAAAUUUAACAAAGUCUGAUCCAAAAAUGAAAUAUUUGAAUAAAGUAGUAUUAUCAAUUUUAAUUUUGGUGAUUUUAGACGAAGGAAUAGUUUCCACAAAUGCUAAAAAGGGGAAGGAUGUACAAUUAGGCGACAAAUUAAAUUGCUCUGAAGGUAACCAAAGACAAAAAAGGAAUAAUAUAUUAGAAAUGGGUGGUUUGUUAUUCGAACAUAGAAUUAAAAAAAGAGACCAAAGACCAAGACUUACAAUAAAUUUGACACUAUCAGAAUUAUAUACCCGCAUAGCUGCAUUUAGACCUUACAAACCUUACCAAGAAGUUAACCAACAAGAACAAGACAAUACAGCUUAACCAUAACUAAUAAUUUUUAAAUAAAUCUUAUAAAUAAAAUAUAGGGGUAGAUCUUUUCCUCCAAAGUUUGCUUGCUUUUUUCAAAACUUCAAUUAUGUUUAUUUUCUAAUAUAAAUAAAAUACCAAUAAAAUCAAAAUUUUAAUGUUCAAUUUUUUAAAAUGCAUUAUUUUUUAAAUGUCAUAAAUGUAUUUAAUUUCACGCCAAUUUUUACUUAUAUGGAAUAAAAAU